CAGGUUUCCACUAAAUGUCUCCUAUGUUGGGGAAAAGUUUGCAGUGUUGGAGAUUGAAAACCCAAGAUGUUGUCCAAAUUCAAAAAGUUUGCAGAUGAUGAUGAGCAACGUGAGUUCCCAUCAAGGAAAGGAAAACGACAGAAUCAAGAUCAAGGGAGUCUUCAAGCACUCUGCCCCAGUAGUGCCUUGGCAAACACUCCCUCAGCAUGUGCCACCAAAGCUAUUUGCCAUGUCCAAGAGCUGAAGAGGAAGUUGGACAAUUGGUGUCAACAGUCCAGUAAAUUUCAGCCUCAGAUGGCUCAGGACAGGCAGCAAGACAACAACAGCUUACAAUGUCCAUCCAGAGACUCAGAUGCUCAAUUAAUGACACCUACAGAGUUAAACAUAGCAGAAAGUGGCCCAUUAUCCCCGCUACAGAAGAAAAUGAGGGAUGUCCUUGGAGAGGUUGUGAAUCUGGUUGAGCGGCUGGAGGCUGACCGCCAGCAUGCAGAGGAGGCUCUUCAAAAAGAGAAGACGAGAAAACGAAUUCUGAAGGACAAAGUUGACAGUAUUUCACUGUGGAAGCAACAAGAGCAUCCUUUUGUUGUCCAGAAAGACCAAGAGGCUUGCAUUACAGAGAUCAUCGAACUGAAAUGCCAUCUAAAACAGAAAAAGGAGGAACUUGAUCUUGUGCAGGGGAAAGUGUUGCACAUGGAGGUCCUGAACCAGGGUUUACAGGAGGAGAUUGACUUUUUAAAAAAUCACGGUUCCCCUUUAAAUGAAAACCUGGAGUUCAAGACUGGAUGCAUGAAUCAAAUUAACGCCGCACAAGCAGAGGCAGAUAAAGCAUACGCAAAGACACACAAUGAACUCAAGGUGGUUGAGAAAGAGUUGAAAGAGAUGGAGCUGAAGGCCAACAAUGAAAAGGCAUCAAUGAACAAUGAACUGAAGGCCUUACAGAAUCAGCUGGCCAACAGAAUGAACAUGGCAGUGGCUGUAUGUUCCUCUAGCGGCCUGCGCUGCUUCCCAGUUUUCACCCCAGUUCUACAAUUGAAAAUAGAAACUGAAGAUGGCGUCAAAAAAGUAAAGAAAAUAAAAGAACAAUUAACCACAUUGCAAGAAGAUAUUCAGAAAACUAAAUUUGAUGGAGAAGCAGAAGUCUGCCACUUAGAAGAGCUGCUAGAUUCAAAACGUAAAGCUGCUGUGGCUCUCCGUGAGGCAAACAGCAUGUAUGAACAGGAGGUGCACAACUACAACAAAAAAAUUUCCGACAGUGAGAAAGCAGUGACGCAGAUGCAAAAGGACAGGGAGCAAAUGCUCCGGAAAAUCAGUGAGAAUGACGGCCAGCUGACCCAAGUUGUUGCCCAGCACAGUGCCACCAAGGCCAGGCUGGAAGAGCAGGAGCUCACCUUCAUGGAACAACAGACGGCCAGGAGAGUGAUUGAACACAUAAAGAGAGAGCUAUUGGAUAAGAAGGAUGCCCUGUCAAUGCUUAAGAGUCAGUGUGCAAAGAUCACUGAAGAAUUACAUCAAGAACAAAGGAGUGCAGAGAAAGUCAACCAGGAACUACAGAGGGAAUUUGAAGAUGUAUCAUCAACUACAAAAGAUAAGGAGAAAGAAACUGAGGCACAGAAAAAAACCUACAAUGAUAAAUAUGAGGUAAAAAAUAAAUUAAAUCAUAAAUUGAAGGUGACUCAAGGUGAAAACAGGAAAACAUUAGAAAGCCUUGAGAGGGAGAAAAAAGACAAACUGGACCACCUGAAUGCUGUAAAAGAGUUACACAGUGCCACUAUAAAGAGAUAUAACUACACAGUGGGCAGGAUCAAUGACCUGACAAAGAAGGGCACAGAAUAUACUGAUGCAUCAGAUAAAAUGGCAAAAAUAGCUUCUGCCAUGCCUGAAGUUAUAGAGGAACUCCAGAGUGUUUUUGAUGUGGUGGAAUUCAAACACCAAUCAGCAGAACGGAUAAUGAGCACUAUACAGUCUGAUAUUAAUAAUUGCCUGGAACGAGCACAGCAAUCCAAGACAACACAUACUGCCCAUUUUACAGCAAGACAAAAGAAAAUGGAAGACACCAAGGAAGCAUUGAAACUUGCGCUGGAGGAGAAUGCACAAUUGGCCCUUGAGUACACAAAUCUUCAGAGCACCGUGUUGGUGGCCAAGCAAGAGGCCGUGGACGUGCUCAGUGAGAAGAACCAUGCACAUAGAGCUUUUCAUUACUACACACAGCUCUCUUUUUUGCAGAAGAGGAUGCACAAAGCUUUGGUGAAUUACUUCGAACAACGCAGCCUCUACAGCCAAGCUGAACUGGACCACUGCCAGGCUCUUUCUCAAGAGACCAACCAGAAAAUAAAAACAGCCCAGGAGGAGUUGUCACAUGCAAUUCAGCGCAUCUCUGCCUUCCUGCAGUCUUUGACAGAUGACUCUACUACCACUGAUGAUGCCAGUGUGAACAAACAAGCCGGUACAGAUGCCACUGGAUUGAAUGAGUAGAUGCCUACAGUUCAAAUCGCAGUGUAA